AGUUGCUGUUUUCAAUGCAUCACCGUUCUAUUCAAAAAGCUUCCUCUGUUAAAAAAUUACCCUACUUUUUAAAGAUUUUAACGCGUUUUGGUUUUGGUUUUGGGGAUAUACCUAAUAUAUAUGGUCCUCGUGCCGCUGCUCUUGGCAAAUCCCCCUCUGUUUCUUUUGGCCCUGCUUCAAAGAACAAUAACGCUCAUUGUUUCUCAGUAACUCCAAUCUUUCUCUCUCUCUCUCUAAAAUACAGUAGAACGCAGCACAUAAGAGAAAGCAAAGAAUAACGUCAACCCUACUUUUCCGAUUUCCGUUUCUUCCUAUAAACCUUUGGCCCCUUGAUGCUUUUCCCAAAGUCAUAAUUUUAUGCCAUAUUAUUACCUUUUUCUUUCAGAUAUAUAUAUAUUCUUGAUGCUUUUGAUAUUUAUUGGAUUUUUUUUCUAGAUUUUUCCUGGGAACAAAAAAAAAAAAAAAUUCGCUGCAUUUUCGCUGAUUCCUCGAACCCACCUACAAAAAAAAACCGUUGCUUUUCCCCCCCAUAUUUCUCUCUGCAGAAAAACCAACUAUUGCUUUUCUUUAAUUCCCUCCCUUUUCCAGUAAAACCCAUAAAUUUCCUCUAAAGUUCUUUUUCCUAGAGAACCGUGAGAUCAUGGAGAGACUGUGUUUUCUUAACUGGGUUUCAGUUGUGGGGAUCUUGGGUUGUGUUUGUGUUGAAGGGCUUGGUGUGAACUGGGGUACCAUGGCAAUCCACAAGUUGCCACCAGAUACAGUGGUUAAGAUGCUGAAAGACAACGGGAUUAACAAGGUGAAGCUGUUUGAUGCAGAGAAGUCCACAAUGAGCGCUCUGGCUGGGUCUGAUAUUGAGGUCAUGGUUGCUAUUCCCAAUGAUCAGCUGGCUGUGAUGACCGACUAUGAUCGUGCUAAGCAAUGGGUCCAGAGAAACGUCACUCGCUAUCUCUUCAAUGGAGGAGUUAACAUCAAAUAUGCAGCAGUUGGGAAUGAGCCUUUCCUGUCAUCCUACAAUGGCUCAUUCUUGAAUGUCACCUUCCCAGCACUUCAGAACAUUCAAAAUGCCCUUAAUGAAGCCGGUGUCGGAGACUCCAUUAAGGCCACUGUACCUUUAAAUGCUGAUGUCUACAACUCACCACAGACUAGCCCCUUUCCAUCCGCUGGACGGUUCCGGAAUGACAUUAAUGACCUAAUGACCCAGAUUGUCCAGUUUCUGAGCAUGAACAAUGCGCCUUUCACAGUAAACAUUUACCCUUUCCUAAGUCUUUAUGGCAAUGACGACUUCCCUAUUGACUAUGCAUUUUUUGAUGGGGCUAGCCAGCCAGUUGUUGAUGGUAAUGGGAUUCAAUACACCAAUGUUUUUGAUGCCAACUUUGAUACCUUGGUGUCUGCUCUGAAAGCUGCUGGAUAUGACAACAUGACCGUUAUUGUAGGGGAGGUGGGGUGGCCAACAGAUGGGGACAAGAAUGCCAAUGUAGGUGAUGCUUAUAGAUUUUAUAACGGGCUAUUACCAAGACUUGCAGCCAAUAAGGGCACCCCACUACACCCUGGAUAUAUAGAAGUUUACUUGUUUGGUCUUAUAGAUGAGGAUGCCAAGAGCAUUGCUCCGGGCAAUUUCGAGCGCCAUUGGGGAAUUUUUAGGUACGACGGUCAGCCCAAAUUUGCGAUAGAUUUUUCUGGUCAGGGUCAAAAUAAGUUUCUUGUGCCUGCACAGAAUGUGGAAUAUCUUCCUGCGAAAUGGUGCAUGUUCAAUCCAAAUGCCAAGGAUCUAACCAAACUUGCAGAUAACAUAGAUUUUGCAUGCACCUUCUCAGAUUGCACAUCACUCGGAUAUGGUUCCUCUUGUAAUGCCUUGGAUGCUAAUGGGAAUGCCUCAUAUGCAUUUAACAUGUAUUUCCAGGUUCAAAAUCAGGACGAAAUGGCCUGUAAUUUUCAAGGUUUGGCCACGGUGACUAAACAGAAUAUCUCGCAAGGGAACUGCAAUUUUACCAUUCAGAUAGCCUCAUCUUCUUCUUCUUCUUUGCGGGGGUCCUCAGUGGUGGUGACUUCAGUAUUUAUUACUCUAUUAAUCUUUCUGUGGCUAUAGAUUUAUAUUUGUAGAUAUAUCAGGCGUACUAUUACUUAAUUUUUGCUAGUUUCAUUUUAUAUAAAAUAAACUCUUCAGGAUUAGUUUGUUUAA